UCCCAAGGUGUCCCUGAGGAAGCGGCUGUUGAAGAGACUGGGAGAGACUAGGAGAUCUUGUGUGGAGAAAUAACGGGCGCCCCAGAGGACGAGGCAACAUGUCCUUCCCGUUCAGGAGGCGACGAGACAACCAGUUUAAACACAUCGCCCACGGCCUCAUUCCCGCAGCUACGGUAGCUCCCCGAUCUGCUGUCCCUCGCACCCCUCCCCCACGUAGCCCCAACCCUUCUCCGGAGAGACCCAGGUCCGCUCUUGCUGCUGCCAUUUUGAUGACUUCUUUAACUGGUCGGACAAUUGCAAUACCCCAACCACGCCAGAGAUCCUACUCUGAGAAUGACAGCACUUACAUGGACAGAACCGAUCAGAUCGAGCCCUACGCCACAGCCAGGGAUCUGGGAAUACAGCAAAACUGGAAGGCGUAUUCCAGUCGUGGAAACCGAAGGUCGCCGGUCAUGUCUUUUGAGUUUGAGGAUGACGACACGGAGGAACAGAUGUCUGACAUUGAGCAGGUGUCUGAGAGGAGAGAUGAAAGCGCCACACAGGAACCCCUGUAUGCCAUUCCCCAUAAGGGCAAACAGAAGAAGACAAAACCCCCGGAAAGAGCGGAUGUGGAACGUGGACGGUCAUCUCCUGAAGUCAUCAAUUAUCCAGCAGAAUCAGAGUUGCACACCACAGAAGGUCUGUUGCAGGGAGGGCGGCAGGAGUGUAAAGUUGAUGCUGCAGCAGAGUCUCCAAUUCCUCCUCCCGAUUCAGAGGAAAUCAAAGAGCAGAAGGAACAACUGGUCAGAUCAGGUUCCCCUGUGGUAGCAAGUCACAAGGCUUCUGAAAGACCCCAAAGCCAAGAGGAAGACCCACAGUGGCGGGCAGCAGCUCAGCAACUGACAGGCAGGAACCUGGAGCUGGCCUCCCAAGUGGAAGAGCUGAAGCAGCAGAUAAAAACCAUGCGGGUGAAGGUGAAGAAUCUGAAGAAUGAAAAAAGGGGUUUUCAAGAAUUGUUGAAAAACCCUCGUGCAGAAGUGGAGACCGCAGAGCUGGUUUCUCUCCAAGAGCAGGCACAAGAAUUAGUAGAUGAGAACGACGCUCUAAAAACGACAAUCCAUCGACUGAAUGUGGAGCUGAGCCGCUAUCAAACCAAGUAUCGCCCCAUAUCCAAGGAAGAGGGUGUAAGGAUCGGCGGAUUACCCCCAAGAGGACCUCCACCACCAUGGCUCCUGGAUAUGAAAUAUUUGUCGCCGUUGUUGCUUGCCUAUGAAGACCGAAUUAAUGAGAAGGAUAAUUUGAUCCUGGGAUUUGAGGAGGAACUGAAGACCUUCAAAGCCAGAGUUAAAGAAGUGAUAGAGGAGAAUGAAAAAUUGCACCAACUAUUGAACCAGGAGCGACCAGUAUCCAAUAAGGAGUGGGAGGGACUGCAAGCUCAACAUAAACUCCUUAUGGAGGAGAACAGAAUUUUGACAGAGCAGUUAGAGGUCCAAGAAGGAAAGAGCCGAGAGAAUCACUCCAAUCAUGUCCUGGCAGUCUCCGAAUUAACGAAGCAACUAAUGGUUUUGGAAUCUACAAAGCGGAAUCAAGAGGAAGAAUUGUUAGAAUUUCAGAAGCAGCAGGAAGUUUUACGCUCCAAGUACAACGAGCUGAAAGCUACCAUGGAUGGCAGCGUCUCUGCCGAGGAACACGUUGCCAUGGUGAAUGAAUUAAAAAGCCAACUUCAACAGCAGCAAGAGAACGGCAGAAGAGAAGUGCACGAUCUGAUGGGAAAGAUGACGGCUCUGCAGGCAGAGAAGAAGGCUCUACUUCUCCAGAGGAAUGACCUGUUAGCCGACAACAAGAUCCUGGAGGCAGAAGUGGAGGCCGUUAAAAAGUCUAACAGGAAGAUGCAGAGGAGGGUCGGCCAGCUGAAGCAGCAGUUGGAGGACGCGAUGGAGAAGGAGGUGACGGCACAUCAGUAUCUUGCCAAUCUAAUAACGCUGGCUGAGAGCAUCGCUGGGGAAAGAGAUGAGCUCAUUAAUAUGACUAAAGGCCUGGAGGCUGAAAAACAAGGGGCCCUGUCUACGAUGAUGGAAGGCGGUGUUCGCUUGGGGCGAUUAGAAGAGAUGGUAAAGGUGUACAGAAAGAAGGCUGCGAGCACCGUGCAAGGCAUCACUCACAAGCUGACGGAGCAGGAGGAAGACUUUGCAGGGAAGGCAGCCCAGUACCAGCGAGAAAUGAAGUAUCUCCGCUGGCUGCUUCAAGACAGGCAGCAAACCCUCAGCGAAGUCUUGCAGCAGAAAAGACAAGUGGAAGAACAGCUAGAAGUCAUCUGGGAGUCGGCGGCUAAUGACAACAAAGAACUGAAAGCGCGUUUACACGGCGCCAUGAAACAGAAAAACCCGGGAGGCAGCGACUUCUUUCUCCAGCAGGACUCCAUCGUCGGAUACAGCUUCAGUUACUGCGACAUGAACUCCUCGUCCCAUGGCGAUGACCCCUUGAAGUAGUCCAGUGAUCGGAGAGAACGAAAAAACGUGUCCUAGACAAAUCACCUGUACAUAUUCUAUUAAAUCUGUAUCCUGCGAAAGCUGGGUGACAACCAAUAUGGCGGCCAUCAGCGUUGUCGCCAAGCUUUCCUAGGUUCUCAAAAUGUUUGACAUGGAAAAUCUUAUCAGAUUUGCAGCUGAAAUCAGUUAAAACUUUCUAUAUUUAGCAGAUUAAAGGGGUACACCCAUCAUUAGAGGGGUUUUCCGAGGCUGAAUAUUGAUGACCCAACUGUAGGAUAGCUCAGCAAUAUCAGGUUGGCGGUGGUCCAGCACCGGCCCCCUUCACCCACGAUCGUCGAGCGACACGGCCACUUCAUUGUUUUACCUGGUGCAGCGCCAUAGAUUGUAUAGUGGCUGUGCUUGGUAUUGCAGCUCAGUCCCAUUCCCUUCAGUAGGACUGAAGUGAGGCCAUGUAACCGAUGAAUGCG